UAAUCCGUAUAUUUUAUGGACAAACUGUGUCUUCAUGCCUGUUACUUAGUACACUGCUGGGUUGAAACCCAAAAAUGUUGUCAGUUAGGUCCAAUUGUAGGAGCUGAAGCCAUGAUUAGCAGACUCUCUUUCUCCAGUGAUUUUGUAUGCCUUAAAUUAGGGAGGGAGGAACGUUAGUUUUUGAAAUCGGUAUGUUUCAAACUUUGAGAUCUGUAUGCUUCCUCACCAUUCACUUCACAGCUUGCUAGAUCCAUCUUUGCCUAUUGAAAAGUGGCAUCUUUCAUAUUUCACUUCCUUGCUAGCAACAACUGUCUCUGCUAAUUGCCAAUUGGCAGCCACUGAUCAGAACCCCUCCUUCAUCAAGCCCUCCUUUUCCCCUUCAUCCAAGAUUCCAAAGCUCCAUUCUAGAGGUGCGAUUCCUUUCUCCCCUUAUUAUUUUCAGGAUCUAUCUCUCCACCACGGUUUCCACAUCUGUUGCUCCAUCCCAAAACCUGAUGCUGCCAACGAUGACACUACAAGAACCCCUGAAACCUUUAUUUCCCAAUUCCUGCCCAAUGAACCUAGAAAAGGCUCUGAUGUCCUUGUGGAAGCUCUCAAACGCCAAGGUUUCACUACUUUCUUUGUACCUGGUGGCUUCUCUGUGGAAACCCACCAAGCUCUCAAUUGCUCCUCCAUGAUCAGUAUCAUCCUUCCUCUCCAUGAACAACGUGGUAGCUUUGCUGCUGAGGGCUAUGCACUAGCCUCUUGCCAUCUUGGCGCAUGCAUAACAACUUCUGGUCCUGGUGCUACCAGUCUGGUCAGUGGGUUGGCCAGUGCUAUGCUUGAUAGUAUCGCCCUUAUUGCCAUUACCGGCCAGGUCCCACAACAAAUGAUGGGUCUUAAUUCAUUUCAAGAAACCCCAACUGUUGAUAUCACUAAGCCUAUCACUAAGCGUAAUUACCUUGUUCUUCAAGCAGAGGACAUUCCCAGAAUCAUACAUGAAGCCUUUUGUCUCACUACCUCAGGUCAACCAGGUUCUGUUUUGAUUGAUAUUCCAAAAGACAUUCAACAAAAGUUAGCAGUUCCAGACUGGAAUGGCUCCAUUGCAUUACGUGGAUGUCUGUUGAGAUUGCCCUAAUCUCCUGAUCAUACCUGUUUGGAAGAGAUUGUUAGGUUGAUAAUCAAAUAAAAGAAACCAGUAUUGUAUGUGGGUGGUGGGUGUUUGAAUUCAAGGGAUGAGUUGAGACAUCUUUUGGAGCCAACUGGGAUUCCAGUAGCAAGUACAUUGAUGGGCCUUGGGGCAUACCCAUGUACUGAUGAGUUAUCACUUCAAAUGCUUGGAAUGCGUGGAACUGUUUAUGCCAAUUAUGCUGUGGAUGAAUCUGAUUUGUUUCUUGCUCUUGGAGUUGGGUUUGAUGACCGUGUGACAGGCAAGCUUGAAACUUUUGCUAGGCAUGCUAAAAUUGUUCACAUUGAUAUAGAUUCGUCAGAGAUCGGGAAGAAUAAGCAACCCCACGUGUCAGUUUGCGCAGAUUUGAAGGCGGCGCUAAUAAACAAAGUAUCGGAAGAUAAAAAGGCAAAGCUUAAACUUGAUUUCUCAGCUUGGACAGAGGAGUUAAAGCAGCAAAAAAUGAAGUACCCAUUGAGAUUCAAGACUUCCGGAGAAGCCAUUCCUCAGUAUGCAAUUCAGGUUCUCCAUGACUAGACCCAAGGGAAGGCCAUUGUAACUACUGGUGUUGGGCAGCACCAGAUGUGGGGAACUCAAUGGUACAAGUAUAGAAGGCCUUGGCAGUGGCUGACGUCAAGCUGUUUAGGGGCAAUGGGCUUUGGACUCCCUGCUGCCAUUGGAGCCGCUGUUGCCAGACCUGAAGCUUUAGUCAUCGACAGUGAUGGAAGUUUCAUGAUGAAUGUUCAGGGGCUGGCAACAGUCCAGGUGGAGAACCUUCCUGUUAAGAUGAUGAUACUGAACGAUCAGUAUCUGGGUAUGGUUGCUCAGUGGGAGGAUCUUUUCUAUGAGGCUAAUAGGGCUUACAGAAACCUGGGAAACCCAGUAAAAAGGUCUGAAAUUUUCCCGACUAUGUUGAAGUUUGCUGAAGCUUGUGACAUCCAUGCAGCCCGGGUUUAGAAGAAGAGUGAUCUUAGGACAGCAAUUCAGAAGAUGUUAUACACACCCUGGAUGCAAUUGUGCCUUAUCAAGAUUCAAGACCAUGUCCUGCCCGUGGUUCGGAGCAAUGGGGGGUUUAUGGAUGUGAUAACCGAGUAAUGGGAGAUCUGCUUAUUGAUUUUAGCAGCCUAAAGGGCAUUGUAUGCAUGUUGUUUGCAAUUCUUAGGCGUCAUAAAGGUGUUAUCGUAUGUGAUAUUUAGGUGUAAUCUUGUUGAAACAGGAAGCUGAAGCAGCUGAACAAAUAAAAAUUGGAAGAGAAAAUAAUUCCUAUAUAUGACAGGGAGAAUAUUUUCCUU